AUGCCUUCCGAAGACCACGAGCCUAAGGACGGAGCUUCAGCAGCUUCGCCUAAUAAACCGAAGCCUGUCCCGCAGACCUUCUUCCUCCCUCUAAACGUGGUCUUCUACCUCUGCUUAUUUUCGAAUGUCCUCACAGCCACUUUGGCACCGAUACAGGAUUGCGAUGAAACCUUCAAUUACUGGGAACCUACCCAUUACCUGUCGCAUGGCUAUGGUCUGCAAACUUGGGAGUACUCCCCCACAUACUCCAUCCGCAGCUGGCUGUAUAUCGCUGUGCAUGCUUGCUUUGUGAAGAUGUCCACCUUCCUUACGCGUACAAAGUCGGCGCAGUUCUAUUUCCUCCGUGUAGUGCUCGCGUUUGUCUGUACGGUCUGUGAGACUAGGCUCUACUCCGUCAUAUCACGCUCACUAAACCCAAGAAUCGGUGUACUAUUUCUCAUGAUCUUACUAUUUAGCCCUGGUAUGUUCCAUGCUUCUACUGCGCUGUUGCCGUCCAGUUUUACAAUGUACACAACGAUGCUUGGGCUCUCGGCAUUCUUGGACACGAAGAAAGGCCUUCAAACAGCUAGAGGUAUUAUGUGGUUUGGAAUUGGGGCAAUAGUCGGUUGGCCAUUUGCCGGAGCUCUGGUGAUCCCGUUUGUUCUCGAAGAACUCGUUCUCGCUGUCAUAUUUCAAGAGAUCCGACCAGCCUUCCACCGGAUUCUCAGUGGAGGAAUAAGAUGUCUCGGAGUUCUGCUCUUUGAAGUUGUCGUUGAUAGUCUUUUCUAUCGGAAACUAGUGGUAGUUCCGUGGAACAUCGUAGCCUAUAACGUCUUUGGGGGAGCAGGGAAGGGCCCCGAAAUUUUUGGCACUGAGCCCUGGACAUUCUACCCACAAAACCUGCUGCUUAAUUUCAACAUAUGGUUUGUGCUGGCGCUUUUGAGUGGGCCCCUGCUCAUUCUACAGAUGUUAUUCCGCCUCCAGAAAACGUCAAAACAAACUUUGCUGAGAUCGAUCACCUACCUGCUUCCGUUUUAUCUUUGGCUUGGAAUAUUCAUCCUGCAGCCCCAUAAGGAAGAGAGGUUUAUGUAUCCGGCAUACCCAUUUCUAGCGCUCAAUGCGGCAAUUGGUCUUCAUAUAGUGCUUGCGUACCUGGGAUCUACCGAUCGUCGCGAACUGGUUGGCCGGAUCCCCGUGAAGUUGAAGUUCGUGAUCAUUAUCAGCGGCGUUUUUCUUGCCCUCAAUGUUGGCAUUUUGAGAAUUGCAGGCACCUUUACGGCGUAUAGCGCUCCUCUCAAGGUUUUCAAUGAAUUGGAACAGGUCAACAUCACAGCGCCCGAGGCUUCUGUGUGCGUGGGGAAAGAAUGGUAUCGAUUUCCGUCUUCCUUUUUCCUACCACAAAAUCUACACGCCAAAUUUAUCCGAAACGAGUUCAAAGGCUUAUUACCCGGGGAAUUUGCCGGAUCAGCCGACGCCGGCCCCUUCGCUGGAACUUGGCUGAUACCAUCAGGGAUGAACGACAUGAAUCAGGAAGAUAGUUCCAAAUAUACCGAUAUUUCUCAGUGCGAGUUCCUGGUGGAUUCCUACUUCCCAGGCGAUGAAGAAUCCGAGCUGCAACCUCAUUAUAUCCUCGAUACCAAGACGUGGGAUAGGGUCGCGUUUGGUGUUGACGUUUCGCCGGCGGCACCGCACUUUACCCGAAGCGGAGAAUCUAUCCAGCCGCAUCGCCCUACCACCAACCGCACUGCACGACCAAGCCAGUUGCGGCAGGACAACGAGGAGCGCCAGUCCAGUUUACGACGCCGCAUGAAGGCCAUCUACUACUCUUUGUGGUCGGAGGCGGCUCGAUUGGCUUCGACCAGACAUGGAGGAGGUGGCUGGUCCAGCGUGCCUGACGCCGGCUCCCGUCUACGCUCACACAGGACUCUCCCAACUUUGGUCACGGGCGUUGGGCUUGUAUUUAAAGAACCCGCUAAUAAGCUAUAUACCAUGAUUGAAGCUUCUCUAGCCCAAAUUAUCGAGCAAUUUUAUGUUAAAGAAUUAGCCGGCCUUGUUUUAUUUGCCUUCACAUCGUCGUGGGCCCUCACAACGCUCUGGAGGAUACUCGACAGAGGCUUUCUGCGGCGCUCUGGCGCUGCUGACCUAGAGAAACCCAACUCGCAUACAUCCAAGCCUAAACCACUUGACAGGACGCCGGGAGAAUGGAUACCGCAAGACUUCAAGCGGCCUGACCCAGAGCCGUAUCCCGACUGGGAUGUUCGGACGACCAAACCCAAACCAUACCGUCCCUUCAGAUAUGGCCCGAAAUACUUUAUCACUAUGGGGCUUCGAUCCAUGAAAUGGGAUGAAUGGAUUGAAUUAGAUAAUCAUUACCCAAAAUACCAUGCCGACAAGGCUCGCCGUAUCAAGGAGCGGGAGGACAAAUGCAUCAUGGUCGCUCCCGAAGCCAUGGACGGAGUGGUGGAGCUGUUAGAAGAACUCCGCUCCUACCUGCCCCUGCGAUAUCCGUCUCUCUUCCGGCGGACGGCGAUCGGCAUCGACAACCUGCUCACCGGGGAAUCCUUCAACACGACGCAGCGGCCGUUCGCCGAGAACCCCAUGACCACGUGCGCGCGGCUGGUGCAGGACGACCUGGCGCUGAUGUUCGAGCGGGCGGACGGCGAAUACUACCUGCUGGCGGGCGCGAUCCUGCUGGCGGGCUUCUGGCGGCUGACGGACAAAUUCGGCAUGCGGCUGUCGGACAUCCACACGUCGGGCGCGGUGCCCGGGUUCGCGAGCAAGCUGGAGAAGGGCAUGAAGAGCUUCUUCCGGCGCAUCCAGCCGGGCGACGCGGUGCUGCGCAACAACUACUUCAUCCAGGUCGACGACUCGCUGGCGUGGUCGCACAGCAUCGGCGCCGAGGACGCCGCGGCCGUGAGCUGGAACACGGCGCAGAAGGCCACGGCCGUGCGCCACCACUACUUCCGCUCCGAGCGCCAGUCGCUGCGCCGCCUGCCGCGCUCCGGCGCCGUCGUCUUCACCAUCCGCACGUACUUCGAGCCCGUCACCGAGAUCGCGCGCGAGCCGUACGUGCCUGGCCGCCUGGCGUCGGCCGUGCGCAGCUGGGGCGACGACGUGUCGCGCUACAAGGGCCGCGAGAAGUACGGCGACGUGCUGCUGGAGUAUCUCGACCGGAAGCACGAGGAGCAGCUGGCGGCCGGGCUGGAUCUGGACGAGGAGGAUGAGGUGCGGCGGUAUCCUUUCUGA